AUGCUAAAUAGAAAACAUGGUUUAGAAAACGAUCGUUUUGCUUCCAAAUUUGCAGAAUUCAGCGGUCUCGUAGGGGCAUUUAGAGCCUACGCCUCGCCUGCCAUCGUGAUUAUUGGAGUGCUCGGAAACGCACUCAUUAUGUAUCUCUUUUGGCGUGAAAAACCACGUACCCGAUUCUCAGUGUUUGCUAUCAGCCUGGCUUUAGCUCAUACAAGCUCCCUUAUCAUCAACACCGCAUUAGAUGACUUCCUCGGUAGAGGUUUGCACUAUGCAACUGGAGGUGCAUUUUCUCUCAAACUGGAUGCCACAUCGGAGAUAAGUUGCAAAAUGCUCGAAUAUUUGCCUAACACCAUGUACUUUAUUGCCUCUUACCUUGUUGUGGUCUUCUCCAUCGACCGGGUGCUCAGUGUAUACUACCCAAUUCGAUUUCAUGCAUGUUACUAUCGUAGAGAGGCGAUUCUAGCCUGUCUUAUGGUCGCAAUUCUCGGAGCCAGUGGCAACAUCCCAACCCUCUUGGUGCAGACUUUGAAGACAGAAAAGGAGGGCAAUAUCGCCUGUCGCAUGAACCGAAACAGAGCCAUGCUGGCAGAUUUCGCAAUUGUUUUUACUACGGUUGUGACUUUCUUCUUACCCGUGAUAAUGGUGCUCGUGCUCAAUCUCAUAAUCAUCCAACAACUCCGGAGAGCCCAUCAAUGGCGCACAACAAUGUCAAAUGGUGGAAGAGGUGCUCAGGAGAUGGGACGCAUUACUGGCCACCUGGCAAUGAGCACAUGUUUCCUCCUUCUCUACCUUCCACUCGGUAUCGUGGUGCUCAUGCGCCUUCAUGUGACCGUCAGUUUAGAUGAAGAGAACACCCCGCGAGCUAUUCGUAUUAUUAACUUGAGCAAGUUCCUCUCCUCCCUGAAGGACAUCUCGUACGCAGUCAAUUUUCUAAUAUACACUGUCUUCCUUCCAAAGUUUAGAGCUCGUCUGAUCAGUCUUUGUAGCUAUCGUUGA